GUGAGCCCAGUGCAGCGUUUGCUUUGCUUCGGACGGCAGCUCCUCGGGCCGCAGUGCUGUGUGCGCGCGCGAGCCGGUGUCCACCAUGUUCCGGAAGGUGCGGCGGGUGAAUGUGAGGAAACGAAAUGAUUCCGAGGAAGAGGAGCGGGAGCACGAUGCGCCCAUGGCGGUGGAGCAGCCGGAGCACGUUACCGCCGAGCCGCCCCCCAUCUCCGGCCUCUUCCUGCAUGACGGCCUUCAGGGGAACAAGCCACGGAAAGCGGCGGCGGCGGCGGCCAAGGAGCCCGUCCCCGGCAUAACCAAGCCCGUCAAGCUGCUCAGCUUCCAGGACGACGAGGACGAAGAGGAAGUUUUUAAAGUGAAAAAAUCAAAUUACAGCAAGAAAAUUGCGAAGCUACUUAAAAAAGAAUAUAAAGACGACUUGGAAAAGGUCGGACCCAGAUCUGACGUGAACUUUGGACUAGAUGCAGCUGAUCAGCAGUUUGGCAGGAAUGCAGUCUCCAAAGAUAAUAACCAGGAAGAGGCGACUGCCGGCAGCGAUCUGGGCGAGGCGGAGAUGGAAGUAGAAAGUGAAAAAGAAGAUGAGAAACCCAAAGCCGGCUCUUUCGCCAACUCCUUGUCUUCUCUAAAUGUCUUACGUCCAGGAGAGAUUCCGGAUGCAGCUUUUAUCCACGCCGCUCGGAAGAAGAGGCAAAUGGCGCGUGAACUUGGAGACGUCCCAUCCAUUGACUUAGACGGUGGGAAAGGUCGCCUGGUCCGCGAGGAUGAGAAUGAUGCCAGUGAUGAUGAUGAUGACGAUGAAAAGCGGCGAAUAGUCUUCUCAGUCCGAGAGAAAUCGCAAAGGCAGAAGAUUGCUGAGGAAAUCGGCAUUGAGGGCAGUGAUGAUGAAGCUCUAGCAACAGGGGAGCAGGAUGAAGAGAUCAGCCGCUGGGAACAAGAACAGAUACGGAAGGGAAUUAGCAUACCACAGGUUCAAGCACCUCCGCAUCCAGAAGCAAACAAUUUGUUCUACCCCACCACUUACCAAGGAAUACCCUAUGGUUCAGCCUACAACAUGCCUUACACUUACGCCGCCUAUGGAGCUGCUGAGACAAAAUCUCAGAAAGCAGAUAAUUCUGUCACUUACAAAACUCCCAGUAAUGAGAUGACUCCUGUUACUAUUGAUUUGGUAAAGAAGCAGCUUAAAGACAGGCUCAUCGCCAUGGAGGACGUGCACAAAGCAAAUCUAGAACUUUAUGAGAAGCACGAGAAAAGCCAGGAAGACUCCACUAACUCCAUAGUUCGAUUGGAAGGGUGCUCGGGGGGUAAUGGUGAACGGUAUCAGUUUUUGCAAGAAAUGCGAGGGUAUGUCCAAGACUUGCUUGAGUGUUUCCGUGAAAAGGUUCCUCUGAUAAAUGAGCUUGAAUCCGCAAUGCACCAGCUGUACAAACAGCGAGCUACCCGCCUUGUCCAAAGACGACAAGAUGAUAUAAAAGAUGAAUCGUCGGAGUUUUCGAGCCAUUCAAGCAAAGCUUUAAUGGCACCAAAUCUAGACACUUUCGGACGUGACCGAGCAGCUUAUCAGGAGCAUGCGAAGCAGCGGAGGAUAGCGGAAAGAGAGGCCAGAAGAGCGCGGCGGCGACAAGCUCGUGAAGUUUCUGGUAAGAUGGCCGAACACCUUGAAGGUCUUUCUAGCGAUGAUGAAGAGACCUCUACAGACAUCACCAACUUUAACAUGGAGAAAGAUCGCAUUUUGAAAGAGUCCAGCAAUGUUUUUGAAGACGCCCUGGAGAACUUUCAUUCCAUUGAUUGCAUCAGAUUUCAGUUUGAGAGCUGGCGCUCGUCUUACUAUAACACGUAUAAAGAUGCCUACAUUGGGCUUUGUUUACCAAAACUGUUAAAUCCUCUUAUCCGUCUCCAACUUUUAUCGUGGAACCCGCUGGAGCCCAAAUGUCGUGACUUUGAAGGUAUGAGCUGGUUUGAAUCUCUGCUCUUUUAUGGCUGUGAAGAGAAAGAAUAUGACAAGGAAGAUGCAGACAUUCUGCUUUUGCCUUCACUAGUGGAAAAGGUUAUUCUCCCCAAACUCGCAGUUAUCGCUGAGAAUUUGUGGGACCCAUUUUCCACGACGCAGACAAACAGGCUGGCCGCUGUGUUUCAGAAGCUAAUUAACGGAUACCCGACAGUCGUAAAUUCAGACAACAAAAACACAGAGGCACUACUGAAAGCAUUAUUAACGAGAAUGAGGAGAACGCUGGACGAUGAUGUUUUUAUGCCUCUUUUUCCCAAACAUGUGAUCGAGAAUAAGAAUUCUGCGCCUUGCGUCUUCUUCCAGCGCCAGUUCUGGUCGUCUGUAAAGUUAUUAGGAAACUUCCUGAAGUGGUACGGCGUCCUUUCCAACAAGUGCUUACAGGAGCUGGCCAUAGACGGACUGCUCAAUAGAUAUGUCCUGAUGGCUUUUCAGAAUACCGAGAACGGAGAAGACAGUAUCAAGAAAGCUCAGAGUGUGAUUGCGUGUUUUCCGAAGCAAUGGUUCUCGGGUAUUAAAGGAGGUAAAACCAUUCCACAACUGGAAAACCUCGCCCGGUAUCUCACACAUCUGGCUGGUGUCAUCUACAGGCAGAAUAUAGGCUGUUCGGACAUGGAGAAGCGAAAUGCCAGAGACCAAAUCCGACAGAUAGUGAAACUGCUAGCAAGAAUCCACGCCCUGGAAAACGCUGUGUCUGUUGUGAACGAUUACAACGUGAAGGACGUCAAAGCUCCAUCAGACGGGAAAUAAAGAGGCGGCCGCGUGCUCCUCGCCCCCUCCCUGUUCGCUUUGUACAUAGUGUGUAAAGACUCUAAAGCUGUAUAAAGUGUUUUGUUUUUAACGUAACAGUGGACAUUAAAUGAAUGAACUAUC